AUACCGAAACGUCCAACCCGGAAAACAGUCUUCUGUAAUCCGAGCAGAGAAAACAAAUAGACGAGGCGGUGUCAGUGUGAGGCAGGCCGUAGCUGCGACUGUCUGCUCUGUGUAGAAGUUGUGGAGAACCUCAGUGGAACAUGGUGUGUUCCUGCAGACCGGAGUUUAACAAGUGUUCCCUCUGCUUCGUGGCGGCGCAGGGCGCUGGCUGUGGCGCACACUAACUGUACACACAAAAACAAGGUGAUAUGUGAUAGCAGAAGCAGCAACAGCAGCAGCAGAAGCAGCAGCAGCAGCACUAUGCCGUACCUGGAUCGGCUGAAUCGCGUGUGUGGUUUUCUGGACAUAGAGGAGAAGGAGAACAGCUGCCGAUUCCAGAGGAGAUACUUCAUCCUGGACACACAGGGAAAUGCUCUGCUGUGGUACAUGGACAACCCUCAGAACCUGCCCAGUGGAGCCAGCUUUGUUGGCAGCCUGAAACUCACCUACAUCUCUAAGGUGAGUGAAGCCACAUUGAAGCAAAAGCCCAAGACAGAGUUUUGUUUUGUCAUUAAUGCAGUUUCACGGCGGUACUUUCUCCAAGCCAAUGAUGUGACUGACAUGAGGGAGUGGGUGGCUGCUCUCAACAGAGCCAGCAAGAUCACUGUUCCUAAAUCUGGUCCUGCACCUUUGAGGUCAGACGUGGCCGCGGUGAUCAGUGACGGUCAGGCAGGGAAGAGGCAGCAGGCCUACAAGACCGAGAUCAUCGGUGGUGUGGUGGUGCACACUCUCAUUCAGAACGAGAAUGAAGAGAUGGAAGGCAGAGAGAGGAAGGGCCAUAGGCCGGGGGUGUUGAGAUGUGGUUACUGUGUGAAACAGGGAAAUGUGAGGAAAAGCUGGAAGAGACGGUUUUUCACUCUGGAUGACAACGCAGUUAGUUACUACAAGUCUGAGGAUAAGGAGCCGCUCCGAGCCAUUCCACUGAGAGACAUUCAGAGGGUUCACGAAUGUCUCGUCAAGUCAGGGGACCUCUUACUGAGAGACAACCUGUUUGAGAUUAUCACCAACUCUAGAACCUUCUACAUCCAGACAGACUCUCCAGACGACAUGCAUGGUUGGAUCAGGGACAUCGGGCAGAAGAUUCAGGAGUUCAGAGGUCCACCCAAGAAGUUUUCUUUCAAGCGUUCUUCUUCUCUUUACCGGAGCCAAAACUCUUCCUCGUCCACGUCCCGUGGUCAUCACUCUGACGAGUGCAGACAUGUGCUGGUCAAGUCCUGCUCUGUAGCCGCAGGCUGGCAACCCUGGACUCCUGUCCCUCCUUGCGAGUCCUCCAUUAUGGAUGCUGAGGAUGAAGAUAGUGCUUUCAGCUCCCUCCCUAAUCUUCCUUCUCUCUCUUCCUCCUCCACCUCUUCCUCCACAUCCUCCUCCUCCAACUCUCUCUCCACACCAACCCCUUGCCCCAGUCUUAAUCCCCUACCUUCCACAAGUGGACUGGGGAUACUCACAGCCUCAGGAGAUGUGGCCUCUGGGCGUCGGAGACACCGAUCCCACCCACAGCCUCAUCCCAUCUGCAGCUUCCCCUACAGCCUGGAUGACGACGGCAUCCGCACCACUGAUGUCUAGUUCUCUGAGGUCCAUGUGUAGUGGACCUCAAUGUUGGUACCUGCUUUUUUAAUGAAUCGUACCGCUAAUAAAGAGUAUUUCUGUCUUUUGAAGAGACACUAGGGUCAGCUGCCUCAAUGCCAUGACGUGAAAUUGAAGCCCCCUGCUGGUCUUGUACGUAAGUGUUUAGCAGAUGAAGGAUAAUUAAACUGAAAGAGACAAAAAUGUACAGACUUUGUUGUUUUCUGGUAAACAAUUGCUAAGGUUUUCUUUGUGUAAAAUCCUUUCAAAACUUGAAUAGUCUUUUAUUUUUUUUUAAUUUGGCUCUUCUUACAUACAUAUCACCAUCACACCUGAAUCUGUGUGUUUUUAUGAAGGUUAGUGACCACAUGUUUUAUAUUGAAUCAUAAUGCACCUGAUAAAUGUUAAUUAUAUUUUCUAGUGAAGAGAGUAGAGGUUUCCCUCUUUUUUUGGAAACAUGGUGUAUUUAAAACCUUUGACCUAAUUUCAUUAAUAAUUAACAAGUAUUUCCCCCCUUAAGUCUAAACAAAUGUCUGAAGGGUAAAGUUUUCAUUGUGUACUCACAUUCCCUUGUGAUGACUGACGACAACUGUUGUUGUCAGCAGUCAUCAUCACAGCAGCAGCAGCUUCAAUAUGUUUUAACCUUUUUCUUAUUCCUUGACGUGUGGCUUGAAGAUCAACCGUCAGUAAACUGUGACUUUUCUUUUUGCAUUUGAUGUGGUACCAUGACAGCACGGUUCUCUCGGUACGUGUCUUAGAAUGUAUUCCCAGCUGAUCAGUUGGUUGAAGGAUACGAAGUGUGUGUGGUUGUGUAUGUCAUUUUAAUUGCAUCGUUUAAAUGGGAAAUUGUGCCACUACUUUUGGUAAUUUAAUUCAUUAUUUAGCACUUUUUCUUGUCACUUAUCUUCUCACAGCUUCUUCAGCAGAUGUGUAUUUGUAAAACAACAACAACAACAAACAUCUCUGAUGCUUUGUGUUACAGCCUUAGUUCCAGCCCUUUGCAGGUUCAUCUUAACACUUCAUUGAUCAUGUUCCAUGCCUGUUUCCAUUCUCUGAAGCUGUGUGCUGACAUCUGCCUAUGUAUAUUGUUAAUUUUCUCUGUGCAUUAAAUAUUGCUUUUUACCAGUCUGUUAUUGACUGGUUAAAAUU